CGGAUAAAACAGGGACGUGAUUGUUAGGGUUUUUUCCACUGUUCUCUCCGUUACUUCUGUCGAUUUCCCGGAGCUUGAGACGAUGGAGGAAUUCGAAGGAGCAAAUGAAGGAGCAAUGGAGAGAUUCCUCGGCACGAUCCUGCCUCCAAAGCUGGAAGAUGCUGGCCUCGAGGACUGUGCACUUUCGAUCGAAUCGAUCAAGGAAGCCUUCUCCCGAGCUGCCUCCUCCCUCAAAUCUCGCGUCUCCUUCGAUCGCGAAAGCGGUGGAUGCGUUCAGAAUCCCGGACCAAGCAACGGUGAGAUCCCGGACAAACUUCUUGGAGUCGGCGAGAUCUGCCCGCCGGUACGGCCUUUGUGUGGUGACGAGGGUAAGGAGGAAGAAAGCGAAGGAGCUAAGGAUGAUUUGGUCGUUAUUGGUGCGGGAGGCGGGGACCUAGAGACUGAUAGGGUGGUGGUUGUGGGGGGAGAUGGAGAUGAGGUAGAAGGGAUGGAAUCGGGUUUUGGUGGUAAGAGUGGCUGCACUGUUGAUGGAGAAUUGUUUCCUGGAAAGAAGGAUGGCUAUGAAAUUGACGGGGAUUUGGAUGAAGAUGAGGAAAAUAAGAACGGACCUAUACUUGUUGAAGAGCUAAUCUGAUUGUGAGUUCAUUAUAGUGUUCACUGCCCCUUUUAGGGUUAUGUUAAUCUUGCUACUGUUUUCUAUCCCUGUUUAUAAAUCUCUUAGAACGUUUUUUUUUUCUUAAUGUUAUUGCAAUCAGCAUCAGCCAAUCUUCCUAGUUAUUAAAAUUUGCAAAUAAAUUUGCAGACUCACGAGAGCGCAAACUUUGAUUAAUAACACUUGAUAGUAGUGUUUAGGAAAAUGAGAUGAAAGCAUUUUUUCUUCUUUCUUUAGGAAAGUUUAAUUACAUCUUAGUUAAGUUAACUGCGGCAUAGCUGAGAAAUGAUUAUAUUGAUGUGAUGAAGCAUCUGAGUUGUGCCUAACGAACUCUUAGAGAUGAUCCAAAGAAAUGGUGUGAGAUGGGCUGGAUUAUGAAAGUCACAAAUCCAUGUACAUUUGUUUAAAGUUUAAUCUCUCAUCCUUUGUUCAAGAAGGGUUUGAUUCUGUUUUAGAUGCAAUAUCUUGUCAAUGUUCCUUUUGAUCUGUAUCAAGAACCAAUCAGGAAAAUCUCGCAAGAUGAAUGAAGCCCUGGAAAUGGGGUUAG